UUCUUGCGCUGAAACUUCUGAUGUUUUUCAACAACUAUUGAAAAGGAUCGUUACUUGUGAAAAAUGAAAGUCCACUCAGACGACUCAAAGGCGAUAUUUUGCAACGAAGCUUGUCAAGUGUUUGAUUGUCUUGGUAAAUGUCAAUGUUAUCCGGAAUAUAAAAUAAUUCAAUGUCCAACUGGUUUACGGAAUCAAUUGGGACUUACUUCAAAAGCAAACAUUGAUGGAUUUCAAGUCAAUGAUAAUCAAAAGAUCUGUUCAGAAGUGGACAAGGAAUUCAAAGUAAUAACCGGUGGAACAUUCAAGCCAAUUUUAGAGAAAAAGAAACCCAGAAAAGGUGCAAGACGGACAAAACGAGACUUUCAGGAAACGCUUCAUAAAUGAAGAAUGUGGUUGGUGGAUUUUCGAGAAGAGUUAAAGAGAGCAGGGGCGAGACAUUAAUAUUUUCCAAAUCUAAAGUUUGCAUUGAAUGCAAUUUAAUCAUUAAACACAAGUUCUCAAUCUUAAUAUAAAAUUUUACCGUUU